CUCCUCCCCUUACCUGUGCAUGAGUCUCACCUGAACCCAGCUCCUGCAGCUCACACCUCUAGGGUGUCUCAGCAGAAUCCACUGGGCAGCAUUAGCAAAGGAAGAAACAGCACCACAGGUCCAAGUUCCACAAUGCCAAGCUUCACAGGCAGUGCCCUCCAAGGAACCUUCUUCCUCCUGCUCGGACUAUGGUGGUCUAUCAAGUACCCCGUGAAGUACAUCCUGCGAAAGCUCAAUGCAGACAACCAGUCCAGUCGUUGGAUCCAGUGUAUGGAUAUUGUAGAAGGGACAGCCAAGACCUUCUUUGCUCUAGGAGGGAUCUUGGCUGAGCAGUUUGACCCAGAUGGCCCCCACAUGUCUCUCUAUGAUGAAGACACCAAGAACUGGGUGCAGCUGAUGAACUGGCAGCACAUGACCAUGUACCUGUUCUACGGCUUUUCUGGUGUGGUGGACGUUCUCACGUAUUCCCCAAUCAAGUUGCCAGUAGGGCUGGAUCGCCUCCUGGUGGCCAUAGCAUUGUUAACCGAAGGCUUCCUAUUCCAUUUCCAUGACUACGAGGGUGCUGCGCUGAGUGAACACAUCUACUCCCUCUUGCUCAUCGCGGUAUUUGGAGGUGCCCUCUGCGCCCUGUUGGAGGUCUUCCAGCGAGAUCACAUCCUCCUUGAGCUCUUCAGAGCCAGCCUCUUCAUCCUCCAGGGAUCCUGGUUCUGGCAGAUUGGGUUUGUCCUGUAUCCACCGGGGGGCGCUCCAGGCUGGAAUCAAGCCAGUGAUGGAAACAAGAAUUUCCUGACCAUCUGCUUCUUUUGGCACUACGCCGUUGGUCUGCUUGUGAUGGUAGUCAACGGUGCUGCCAGCCACUGGUGCGCGAACAACUGUUCAAUAAACAUAGAUGAUAUCGAUCUUGAACUCGACAUUGGGUUUUGCUUCCGAAGGAAGAACACAACCCUGGAUCCUGUUCUCCUACCAGAGAAUAGUGGAGAAGAGAAAUGAAGGUGUGAGUUCUUGAGCAUAUUUCCCUUAUUCUACAGACAUUUAAGGUCGACAAGAUUUUAACUGGCAAUUUAUAUAGUGUGUGUUCUUUAUAUUAAAAAUGGAAGGGGAAAGAGGCUUGCGAUCUCUUACUUGGCAAUGACGUUGCCCACAAGAACGUACACCAGAAAAUAAAGUGACUGAGAUUUCCCACCACUCCAACUUUUUUUUUUUUUUUUUGUAUCCCAAAGGCUCAGAAUUCUAAUGAAUCUUUUUUUUUUAUAGCCUCAGAUAAGUUCAUAACCUGGUCAUCUUUGGAGGAAUGUUUGUUUUUCAGGAACAAUCAACUUCAAUAUUAACCAUAAGCACUGAGAUAGAUGCCAGAUAGUCCAGCCAAGACGAGUUUUUGAGGCCCCUUUUGUCAAGACAAUAAACAUGCUCUGGAAUUGAUUAGCAGUACAGUCACCUCCAAUUGGUAUGGCUAAUAUUUCAUUGCCUGUUUUGUAUGGAGUGUGAUGUGUGUGUUGUAUUAUUGCAAAUAAAAAUCCUAUUUUUAAAACU